AUGCAGCAGGACGAAGAGGAUGAGGAGGAAGAAGUCCGUGUGUUUGUAAACAAUCAAAACACACGAUCGGCCACUGUUACAAUUCCAAAAUUAACCAAACGACGACAAACUCGCAUAGGAGAUGGAUUUAAACAUAGUGGACGUAACUUUGGAGGCUUAGCAAUGGCUGGUCAAUCCUCCAGUGCUGCGGAUGAUGGGAACAAGAACAGCAGCAGCACGGAAAAGAAAAACACAAGAGCCACUGCGAGUAUUGUCCAAGGUGAUAUCCAUCCACACUUGGAAGAUGUCUAUCAACGAGUAAUGCGACGACUGCAGCGAAGAGCGAAUUAUGAAGAAGUGCGGUGUCCAUCACUUGCCGUACAGUUCGGGAUCGUAGAUGCGGCAGAUGAUGAAAAGAGUCGGGAACGAUCUGAUUGGGAUUUAGAUGAUCAUCACACCUCUCUUGUAUCCACAUCAUCUAGUACAACAGCAGGGAAAUCUAGUUUUCCACGCCGUCGACAUCCACAACCACAUACACAUAGUGGGAAAGAGACAUCACGGGGAUUAACCAACACGAGAAGUACCGUGGAUCCUUUAGAUGAUACGGGAUUUCUCUCUCAACAGCCAUGUCCUCAAACUUUACGUUUAGUAUUAGAACAGGUAACUGGCAUUGUAGCAGAUAAAUUACGUAUGGCAGAUGUGGGUUCUUUAAAGGAUUGUCUUCGAUUAGUAUUUGAGAGUCGUGCCAUGUUAGAUCGUUUGUUAAAAGAGAUCCCUUCAUACUCGCAAUUUCAAGGUGAUGUGGAACGUUUACCAACGGCUAUUCAAUUACAUGAAAUUUAUCAAGAGUUUAGACAGAAACCAAUAGUACUCCCGAGUGCGAGUUAUGUGCGAGAUCCUGUUAGUGGACGUGUAGUGGCCACCGUUGGGGAAGUAGGCGAUGAUGCGUAUAGUUCCACCCCAACUAGAAGAAGUAAUGAAAUGAAACAACCACAACCACUAGAACAACAACAAGAAGAAGAAGAAGAAGAAAGAAAAGAAGAAGAAAAAGAAAAAGAUCAUGAUAAAGAACGUCGAUCAACUAUUUCUCCUGGUACUCCAUCCAGUCCACCCAUGCCGCUGGCAAACACCCCUACACCCGGUGAAAGAUCACCGCCUAACUCUCUCUCGCAUGUGAAGAAAGUCGCCCUCCCCAGCGGCAUCUCUCUCACAAUUCCCGCCAAUUACGCCAAGAGCAGCCGAACCCGUCAAAACACUGGAAGGCCCUCGCACGGCAAUAAAAGCACCAGCGGCCACCCAUCGCGAUUGACCUCCGCCCAUGGAGAACGUGCAGAGGAUGGAAGGCAUAGUUCCAUGAAAGAGAAACGUACAGACACCUCCCCCUCACGGCCAGGAACAGCCGGUUCUGCUUCCGCCUCCGCCCCCUCCACCUCUGUCUCUGUGGCGAAUACAGUUGCAAAUGUGAAUACAGUGGGUACAUCAUCCUCAACAACACGGCUGGGUGGGAAUGGGAAUACACCAGCACUCAUGCAAACUAUUCCACCAACGGAAAGAUGGCGACAGGCAACACAGCAAGUUUCAGCAGGUGUCCUUACAGAUAUUAAUAGUUCAACCGUAGUGAGUAGAGAGGAGUAUGAAGAAUUAAUAGCGUACUCGAAGAAACUUGAGGUGGAUAUUGAGGAACAAAAGCGUGAAAUAAAAGAACUUACAAAAGAACUAAAUGAAGAAAAGGCAUAUACAUCACAAAAGAAGAAAGUUGUACAAUAUCUGCGUGAGACAUUAUAUAAGGAAUGUAGUGUCCUUCGAGCACAGCUCUCUACAGCACAGCAAAAACAAAUUCAAUAUCAAGCCUUACUAAAGGAGCAACAACAACAACAAGUUAUGGCUUACGCUGCAAGUUUAGAAGGACGAGGAGGAGGAGGUGGUGGUGGUGGUGGUGGUGCUAAUGCAUCUGUAUAUGAACAUUCACGACUUCCAACUAUAGGUUCAACAAGAACACAAGGAAAUGAAACAUCUGUUAUGAUGAUGUCUGUAUCACCUGGAUUAUUUAGUGUACGACGUGCAAAUCCAAAUGUUUCUGUUUUUAGUGUAGCCCGUCAGAGUUUAAACACAGAUGAUCAUAAUAAUGAGACAAGUCACUCUGUGAUAGGAGGAACUAGUAUUUGUCUUGGUAGUGCCGCACCAAAUCCUGUAGUACAGCAACAACAACAACAAAUAUCUAUUGAUAUUGGAGCCAUUCAAAGUCUAUUGGAUCUUGUACUUUUAGCAGUAGAGAAGGAUCAAAUGUUGCCAGGGAAUGUCUCAAAGGCAAAACAUGCGAAUAUGAAUAUUAUCGCUAGUGCCAUGGAAGAUGACCCACAUCUACGAGAACAGAAACUACGAGAAGAAUUUGCUGAGCGUCAUCAACAGAUUAAACAAAGUUAUACAUUAAAUCGUGUACAAACAACCAAUAUGCUUGCUGCAAAGGAUGAACAGAUUAAAUAUCUUAAGAAAUCUUCCGAUUUACAUUUCUUACGACGUUACUGGCAAGAAAAAGGAGAACUUCUUCGGAGUGAACUUAGACGUCUUCGUUAUGGAGUAUUGGAUGAAUUAGAUAAUCUCAAACAUUUUGUAGUGACAACAAUGGAAAGUAUUGCCAAUCGUGCCCGAGUGGUGGAUACUACAUUACGUGAUAAUCAUUCUCUUUAUUCUACACAAUCGGCAUUACGGGAUAUCAUCUCCUCUGCUCGUUCAUUAUUAUUACCAAUGAUGACAACAGAAUAUGUUCGUGGUUAUCAUCCAUGGCCACUUAAACUACGAAAUACGAUGGAUCCAUUUUCACAUAUGGUAAAAGCACGAUAUGGUGAUGGUCAACUCUUAAUGAUACGAGAUGAAUUAAAUUCAUUAAGUGAUAUUUAUGUUAUGUUACAUCACUAUGUGAUGAAGAGUGAUAAGAUACUACAAAUGAAACGUCCAAUGACUGGGAAAACAUUAGAGCAACUAUGCAGUGCAAUCGUUUUAAAUGGUGCGGCUACAGCAGAAAUAUGGAUUCAGGUUCGUGAAAAAUAUGUCCGUGAACGUGAAUUUCAGAAAAAGAUUGCAAAAUUGAAUGUUUCUCUUAUUGCCCUACUUUAUCAACAACGUAUAUUGGCAGAACGAUCCACAGAGGCCAUUAGAGAAGCUGGAAUGGAUCCAAGACUCAUUAGUUUACCAGCACAACGUACAAUAAACAAAAUUGCAGAAAAUGUGCAUAAAGUAGUGACGGAACGUGCUCAACUACGUAAACAGAGACAAGAUAAUGCACGUGAUGUGUACCGUAUUUGGAAAACUAAACAAAUUGAUGUGAAUGAGGGAUAUCCACCACCCACAAAUCAACAGCGAGUUGUAUUAGGAGAAGUGGAUGUGUUUCGACAAGGCUCUAUGGUGGCACUCCCUCUUAGUGGGAGUAUUCGUAUACGUACGGGGACUGAUUCACUGGUGCGAACUUCUAUUAUUCAAGGACAAGCCAAGUCGUUUUGGGAACGUAUGCUCUCGACAAGUGUAGAGGAUAGAUCACUAAUAGAACAAGUGGAGAAUACACCAUCUGAAACAGCAGGUUCAUCCGUUACGCCCUCAAUAAAUGGAGUUGCUGAUAGUUGA